GCUAGGGCGAGACGCAGCUGCGGCUGUGGACGCGCGUCCGUGCGGCCUGGUCUGGGUCAUGUCUGCGUGAAUAGGGCGCCGCCGCUGUCCCCCUCCCAUCCCUGUCCCGGCUCGGCCGGCUACGCCGCGCACCAUGGGCUCUAUCCUGAGCCGCCGCAUCGCGGGGGUGGAGGACAUCGACAUUCAGGCGAACUCGGCCUAUCGCUAUCCCCCGAAGUCCGGAAACUACUUUGCUUCGCACUUCUUCAUGGGAGGUGAGAAAUUUGACACCCCCCACCCUGAAGGUUACCUCUUUGGAGAGAACAUGGAUUUGAACUUCCUGGGCAGCCGCCCAGUCCAGUUUCCCUACGUCACUCCCGCCCCCCAUGAGCCAGUGAAGACGCUGAGGAGCUUGGUGAACAUUCGUAAAGAUUCCCUCCGGCUUGUGAGGUACAAAGACGAUGCUGACAGCCCCACUGAGGAUGGUGACAAGCCCCGGGUGCUCUACAGCCUGGAGUUCACCUUCGAUGCAGACGCCCGAGUGGCCAUCACCAUCUACUGCCAGGCAGUGGAGGAGUUCCUGAACGGCAUGGCAGUGUAUAGCCCCAAGAGCCCUGCCCUGCAGUCAGAGACUGUGCACUACAAGAGGGGCGUGAGUCAGCAGUUCUCCCUGCCGUCCUUCAAGAUCAACUUCUCUGAGUGGAAGGAUGAUGAGCUGAACUUUGACCUGGACCGGGGUGUGUUUCCAGUGGUCAUCCAGGCCGUAGUGGAUGAAGGAGAUGUUGUGGAAGUGACUGGCCAUGCUCAUGUGCUCUUGGCUGCCUUUGAAAAGCAUGUGGAUGGCAGCUUCUCUGUGAAGCCUUUAAAGCAGAAGCAAAUAGUGGACCGGGUCAGCUACCUGCUGCAGGAGAUCUAUGGCAUCGAGAACAAGAAUAACCAGGAGACCAAGCCCUCAGAUGACGAGAACAGUGACAACAGCAAUGAGUGUGUGGUGUGCCUGUCAGACCUGCGGGACACACUGAUCCUGCCCUGCCGCCACCUGUGCCUAUGCACCUCCUGUGCCGACACACUGCGGUACCAGGCCAACAACUGCCCCAUCUGCCGGCUACCGUUCCGGGCUCUCCUGCAGAUCCGGGCGGUGCGGAAGAAGCCAGGGGCCCUGUCUCCCAUUUCCUUCAGCCCUGUCCUGGCCCAGAGUGUGGAUCAUGAUGAGCACUCUUGUCCUUUUAAAAAAUCAAAGUCGCACCCCGCCUCCCUGGCCAGCAAGAACCCUAAAAGGGAAACAAGCUCCGACAGCAUCCCACCUGGCUAUGAGCCCAUCUCCUUGCUCGAGGCACUCAAUGGCCUGCGUGCUGUCUCUCCCGCCAUCCCUUCGGCACCCCUUUAUGAGGAAAUCACCUAUUCAGGCAUCUCAGACAGCCUGUCCCAGGCCAGCUGUCCACUUGCAGGGCUCGAUCGAAUCAUGGAAGGUGGCCACCAGAAGGGCAAGCCGCGGAGCAAGUCUCCAGACAGCACCCUGCGGUCCCCAUCAUCCCCCAUCCACGAGGAGGAUGAGGAGAAAAUCUCGGAGGUCUCGGAUGCUCCUCUCCCUCCAAGCUGCACAGAACUGGUGCUGCGGGAGAGCAGCUCUCCUGAGAGUUUCGGAACAGAAGAAGUGGAUGAGUCCUCGCUGAAGCCAGGGAGCCGAGUACCAUCCAUUGAGGAUGUCCUGCAGGAUGGCAGCCCCCAGCACCGCAGCUGCAGCCAGCCAGUUCCUCCUGCUGACAUCUGCCUACCAGCCUUGGGGCCUGAGUCUUGCUCUGUUGGUAUAGAGGAGUGAGCUGGUAUGUGACGUCCUUUCCUACCUGCUUUGGGGGCUCUGCUGGGCGUCCUUGGAGAGAGGAGACCUUUGUUCCCCCUGUGGGGUUCCUUCUGCCUUUCUGUCUUCAUCUACAUCUAUGUCUUCCCAGGGGCCUGGAUCCCAAAUCCAGAGCCAUCAACAGCAGCUGUGUCUUUUUCCCUAAAAGGUGACCUCCUGGGGCUCCUGCUGUUGCACCUGGAGGUUCGUCUACCUGCAUAGGUGCCCGAUCAGGCUCUUAUAGGACGUAGGGUCUGCAGAGUGGUGAAUCAGCCCAGCCAUGCCGAGCUCCAUCCCCAGUAGAAAUGAGCUGGAGGAUCAGGGAGCCGUGGGAAGUCUAUGGGCAGUGUCGGGGGCUCCAGUCCACAGCACUCUGCGUGCCCAGCAGGUCCUGCUCCUGUCCUCUUGACUGUGGCUUCAGCAACAAAUCUGAUGUCCCCCAGCUGUGUGAGGCCCUAGGUCAGCAGUUCCCAGAAAAGUCUUUGUCUGUUAGAGAUGUCUGUCCUCUCAGGGAUACUGGCUAGUGAAGACUGUCUUGCUUCCUGUCCAGGGGGCGUCCUCUUGCCCUCCUCUGUCCUUGUGGCCUCUGGCAUCACCAUGUACGUGGUACACUUUACUCUUGUAGACUGCUGAGCCUUUCUACUGUGAAAUCACUAUUACCAAUGAUAGCCUGUCCCUUUUGUCCUUGGAACCUUCUGGAACACCGACACAUGAACAAUCUGUUGGGUAAUGUGUGAGGCUGGAGGUGCCCUCCACUGGGUGUAAGGCAGUUCCUGAAGGCCCCGAGAACUAGACAGACAGUCCAAUGCCACCUGUUCCUCCUAAAGGUUCUGACAGAGGGGUUGAGGCUUUCCACGUCCAGGGUUCCCCAGCAAGACUAGGCACUGUGGCCGUUGGGCCCAUGGAGCCUGUGUGCGGUGUGUCUGGCUGGUGUCCAGGAUUCUAGGCUGCAGCCCUCUCCCUCCAGACAACCCAAGCUGGGUGGGGUGCUGCUUCUCUUGUUCUGAUGGAUGUCUGUGCAUUCCCCAGACCUUUCUUUCUGGUCCUUUUUGAGCCUUGCUUCUGAAAAGUUGUAUCCCUCUCUGAAAGAGCCCCCGACACUAAACGCACAGUCAGCCACAGCCCUGCGGGUGACAAAGGCAGGUUGAAUGGUACAGGUUAGGUUAACGUCCACAGCAGAGGCCUGGGUCUGGCCUGGACAGUGAUUCAAUGGCAGAACUACCUUGCACAAGGCCCUGGCUCCUGGGUACAGGUGUAUGGGGGGUAUGACAGCUAUCUGGAAGGUGGUACCAGCAGCCCCUCUUCUCCUGCCGGGUGAAUGAGUUCCAGCCUAAAGUUCACAAGGAUAGCAGCUGCUUAGCUCCAGGAUGUGUUGACUAGGGCAGGGACCAGAGAUCUGAGGUUCUAGCAGCUUGCCACGCUCCACUGCCAGGCACCCGGGGUGAUCUGGGGGUAGAGGUGGGGGUGCCGGGGCCCUGCUCACCCGGGUUCUCUAUUGAGGGAGCUAAGCCUGACCCUGCUUCCCUCU